AUGGCAGCAACCCAUCCGCAUAUUGCGGCACGAGGGUACGGCUCAAACGCCACAUACAUAUAUGAGUAUUCAAGGGGGCUUGGUGGUGUGGACGUCCCCCGCGAUGUGAUCAUUACUCGGAUCAUCUACAUUUCCCUAUGUGUCGUGGCAUUCGUAUUGUUCUGUGGCCGGGUUGGCCAGAUCAGCCAUGCCUAUCUACGCCGAAUCACCGCAAAUGGCGCAACUCAUCGCCAACAGAACUUCUGGGCCCAGGAACGAUCAUCAUGGUGGUCAAACAUCAAGAAACACAUCCUAUACGCCCCAUUAGGGAGGAAGAGACACAACCGAGAAUUACAGCUCUCUUCCGCUGUCAAUGUCGGCACCUUGCCCUCCCGACUGCAGACCAUCCUAGUUAUACUGUACUUCGUCAGCCAAGUCACAUACUGCGUCUUGCUUGACUAUAGUGUCAACAACAAGGCAGCUCUAGUCGCCGAGCUACGCGGCCGAUCCGGGACGCUGGCCGUUCUUAAUAUGAUCCCACUCUUCAUUCUCGCCGGUCGAAACAACCCCCUUAUCCCAAUCCUUCACAUCAGCUUCGACACAUACAACCUCCUCCACCGCUGGCUGGGCCGCAUCGUCGUUCUUGAGUCGGUGGUCCACACAAUCGCUUGGGCUGUCAACGCCGUCGACGAGGAAGACUUUACGCACAUGCUCGCCCGUUUACGUGAAACCCCCUUCUUCGCCUGGGGCCUGGUAGGCACAGUCUCAAUGAUGUUCCUCUGCCUACACUCCCCGUCACCCAUCCGCCACGCCUUCUACGAGACCUUCCUACACCUACAUCAGCUCGCCGCAAUUCUCGCGUUCCUAGGCGUAUACGUACACCUGAAGAUCGACGAUCUCCCGCAGCAAAGCUGGGCUCGAGCGAUUGCCUCAAUCUGGAUAGGCGAUCGACUCGCACGCCUCUUCCGCCUCCUCCACCUCAACGUCUCGACCUCCGGCACAACAACAAUGGUCGUCCAAGCGCUCCCAGGCGAAGCCUGCCGCGUAACCUUCCACCUCCCGAAACUCGUCGAGAUCGAACCAGGUUACCACGUCUUCGCCUAUAUCCCCAGCAUCUCAUUAUGGAUGUCUCACCCAUUCUCAAUAGCCUGGGCUGAACCGAGCACAAGCAAUACAGCAGCGCCUCUCCCCUCUUCAUCCCGAUCCUCAACACAGGGCAAAUACACCGACCUAGAAAAACAAUCCAAUCUACCAACCAAACCCGCAAAACCAACAACCCAAGUCUCCCUCAUAAUCGGCGCCCAAAAGGGCAUGACCCGCCGUCUCUACAACCUUGCCAACGCAUCCCCCUCAAAAUCCCUCACUCUAGCAGGCUUCAUAGAAGGGCCCUACGGCUCAACCCCAACAGACCCCUCAAGCUACGGCACAACAAUCCUCUUCAGCGCUGGCGCAGGCAUAACCCACCAUCUCCUAUACACCCGCAACCUCGUCAUGCAAUCCGCACAGAACACCGCCGCAACGCGAAAAGUCUACCUGAUCUGGUCUGUCCGUUCAACAGACCACCUCGCAUGGGUAAGUAGCUACAUGGACCAGAUCCUGCGACUACCUCAUCGACGAGAUAUUCUCGUUGUUAAGCUUUUCGUCUCGAAGCCGCGUCGGGCGGCGGAUAUCGUCAGUCCUUCUGCUACGGUGCUUAUGCAUUCGGGUCGGUGUAGACCGGAUGUUGUUCUUGAUGAGAUUUUACCUGGGAGGACGGGGGCCACGCUUGUUAGUGUUUGCGGACCUGGGGCUUUUGCGGAUGAGGUGAGGUCUGCGGCUAGGGAGAGGAUUGGGAAGGGAGCUGUGGUGGAUUUUGUUGAGGAGGCUUUUACGUGGUGA